AUGGCAGAGCUUCGGGUCUUCUCCCUUCUGGUGACUGGGGCCAACCGGGGAAUCGGGCUGGGGCUUGUCCAGCAGCUCCUGGGGCUGCCAAAGCCGCCCAAGUGGGUCUUUGCGGGUUGUCGGGACCCCAAGGGCCAGCGAGCACAGGAGUUACGGAAUUUGGCCUCCAAGCACCCCAACCUGGUCAUCGUCCCGCUCGAAGUCACCGACCCUGCCAGCAUCAAGGCGGCUGCAGCCAAAGUUGAGGAACAACUGGGGGGCUCAGGGCUGAACCUUCUCAUCAACAACGCUGGGAUAUCAAAGCCAAAAUUGCUUGAAAAUGAGACGCUGGAGAACAUGACCCAGGUUUACAGCACCAACACAAUUGGGCCACUGCUUGUGAGCCAG